GAGCUGGUGCAGUGCAAAACGCUCACUCAUCCUCACCGAUGGUGUGCAGAACAAGGGGGACAUAAAAAUCUUCUGAAACUAAAACAUUCAUAUCCUUUUCUUACACAAACAAAAAAACCCACAACAAAAAAUUCAUCAUGAGCUACGAUUCCUACUUCUCCUACCGCCGCCCUUGGGACAGCUACAGAGGAUCCAGAUCCACCAAAUCCUCUGUGACUUCUUCGUUGUACUCGGCUCCUCGAGCUGCUCCGUCCGGGAAGAGGAUCCUGAGGCUGGCCUCCUCUUCCCUCCCAGAUGGGUCGGAGCGUUUGGACCUGGCCCAGGCCAGUUCCCUCAACACGGAGCUGCUGGGCCUGCGUUCUCAGGAGAGGGAGCAGCUUGUGGAUCUAAACGACCGCUUCGCCACCUACAUCGAGAAGGUGAGGCACCUGGAGCUGCAGAACCGAGCCCUGCUGUCGGAGCUGGAGGCGCUGAGGAGGCGGCAGAACCAUCCGUCCCGCCUGCAGGCCGUCUACGAGGGGGAGGCUCGGAGUCUGAGGGCCAUGAUUGACUCGGAGAAUGGGGAGAAGAUGAGGAUGGAGGCGGAGAGGGACUACCUGCGAGACGUGUACGAGCAGAUGAAGGAGCGCUGCGAGGAGGAGGCGCGGCGGCGUAUGGAUGCGGAGGACGCCCUGCAGAGGGCCAAAGAGGAGGCCGGCAGGGCCCUGCUCUCCAACUGUGAUGCCGAGGCCACCGUGGUCUCCCUCUGCGACGAGAUGGCCUUCCUGAAGAAGGUGUUUGCGGAGGAGCAGGCGGAGCUCCAGGCCCAGCUGCAGGUGGCCAACAUCAGUGUGGACGUGGAGGUGUCGCGGCCCGACCUCUCCACCGCCCUGCGAGACAUCCGGGCGCAGUAUGAGCGGCUGGCCAAUAAGAACAUGCAGGCUGCAGAGGACUGGUACAAGAGCAAGUUCGCCAGCGUGGCCGAGAUGGCCAGCAAGAACAACGAGGCCGUGCACGCCAUCCGCGAGGAGACCAUGGAGUACCGGAGGCUGCUUCAGUCCCGCUCGUCGGAGAUUGAGGCUCUCCGGAACGUCAUCGACUCCUUAAAUAAACAGCUGGAGGAGCUGGAGGAUACGCAGGCUAAAGAGGUGUCCAAGUACCAGGUGAGAAUAUGUGAGCUGGAGCGGGACAUCACUGAGGCCAAGCAGGAGAUGGCGCGUUACCUGAAGGAGUACCAAGACCUUCUCAAUGUGAAGAUGGCGCUGGAUAUUGAGAUAGCUGCGUACAGGAAACUUCUGGAGGGGGAGGAGAUUCGCCUGGCUUACCCUUCCUUUCCUGCCCUAAAUUAGAGCCUAAAUGGCACCGACUGGGCAUAAACGUACAUUCUCCUCACCCUUCCCUUCCUGUCCCGUCCCAUCCCGCCCUCCCCCUCUUUCUUCUGUUUACCAUCCCUGACCCUAAAUCCUCCCUUCUUUACUCCUCUAAAACCCAAACCGCAAACAAAGCUCAUCCUUCUCAAGACAGAUGCGCCCUUGUGCUAAACAAGAGGUCCACCAGAAGUCCCCCUUCUUCUACACACAUUCUGACACCACACAUCAAAAUGACAGCAAAGUGUAAAAUGCAGAGUGGCUGCACUGCAUUAGUUACAUGUCGGACAGCGGGAUCGUUUCGGCGGAGUUCCAGCGGCGUCCGUUCAUGUCCAAGCAGCGGAAUCGCCAUUUGACUUUCCUAAAUCCUCGUUGUGCAAACAUUUGACCAACUGUUUGUGAGGGAGGAUGAAGGUUCUUUUGAUUUUUUUUGCUGCUCGGACUUGAACUGUUGCAAGAAAAACCCACGACGUCAUUGACUGGAACUCCGACCGAUCGAUUGCACAUUGUCCUGCACCCCUGGUUCUGUAGUAGUGCUCAGUGAACCAGUAACCUUAAACGUUUAUUUUCACUAUAUUAGAAACCCACGUUUGUCCUGUUUAGUUGCUCUUCCGCUGCAUUUACAUCUAAAUCUGCGAGCUAAAGGUCAGCUUCAAAACAACCACAGAAAGUCUUCCCAUUUGGCUGAUUCUUUCACCUUCUAAUUUCUAAUAAAAUCUCUUUCCUUGGAUGUAAAUGUAAAUGCUGUGGAAGAUAAACCGUUACUGGUUUCUCCCUAUAAACAAGCAGUGUGUCUGCAUUAGAUUUGUUCUGUUCUGUGAGUUCAUCAAAAGCUACACCAUGAAACCGAACGAUAACUGCAGGAGCUCCUUGUUGUUUGUACGCUGUUCUUAGAUCUAACUGGUGCUUUACAUCUGUGAAACUAAUACAAAGUCUGCACCAUUCUGCGCUGGUGUACCUGUAACAGCCAACAACAAGCUGAAUAAACAUAGAAGUGACCUGCAAA